AUGGUUAUACCAAGAAAUCACCCAUCUUUUCUGAAUCUCAAGAACAAAAAAAACCACCUACCAAUCUCAGGAUGUGUAUUCAUCAAACAAGCCCUAAAAAUGGAAGAGCCACCAUAUUCACAGCAAACGAAAUUCGGCGCCAUCAUUAAUUCGGCGGCACCAUCGACGACAAUUACGACUGCCACCAAUUCGACACCACUAUCGACGGUACAACCACCAUCUUCAAGGAGAAGGUGCAAAGGGGUGAAGAGGAAGGGCUCGCAUAUCAACAACAAUAACACAUUAUCUCCGCCUCGAUCGUCUUCGAAUCUCAAAUAUGUUGUGGAACUUUUGGGAUGCAGUGAUUGUGAAUGGCGAAGGAGAAUGUUUAAUAUUGUCUAUGUUGGUGACGUCGAAAGAGGAUCUGGAGUUUAUUGUUUGGAAAGAAGCUCAGUGAUUGUUUAA